AUGGCUCUCAUCACCUCGGACGCCUAUUUCAAACUGCUGGCACACGCCUGCAAGUAUCCUUUUGAUACCUGCCUGGGUCUGCUCGUGGGCCAGCGCGGUGCCGACGGCUCGGUCACGGUGCAAGACGUUGUGCCCGUUCUUCAUUCCCAGCACCAGCUGGCCAUGGUCAUGCACGCUGCUCUGGCACAGGUCGACAUGCACUAUCAAGACUCGCCCGUCUCGCUGGUGGGCCUGUAUCAGGUUCACGACCGUGUUGAUGCCAAGCUUCAGAUGGAUGCCGUGGCUCGCAAAAUUGCCGCACGUCUACGCCAGCACAACCCCCAUGCCGUGGCCCUUGUGUUUGAUAGCCAAAACCUGCAGCGCACCAGUGAACCAGCCGCCGCUCUCUUCACGCCGCAGGAGAAGGAUGAGUGGAUGCACAUGUACAAUGGACUCAUCCCUAUGAACCUUGCACCCAUCACCAGGUCUCAAACACCCCUGCAGUUCACCGACAGCGACGAAGGAUCUCGAGGCCAGCGUCUCAGCAAGAUGCUCGAGUCGCGCAGCUACGAGCAGAUCCACGACUUUGAAGAGUUUUUGGCAGACGGCACGAGUGACUAUUUGAAUGCGCGCUUUGCGUAA